CAGCAAAUGUCAGAGUGUUAAAAUCCCAGAGUUUUGAUGACCAGAGUAUAAUUUAUACACUUUGGAGUAAACUGGGCUUAAAGUACACUUGUCAGGUUUCACCAGAAACUCUCUCAAGUGUUAGUGUAUUGGUUCAGUGUUGAUGUGGAGCUGUUGUAGUGUAAAUAGUGGGAUGAUGAACACUUUGAGAGUCAAUCUGUUGCUGUCCCGUCCGCACAUGAGUUUAGGUUUCGAUACGUCAUCAGAUCGACAACGCGUUGUCAUUGGUUGAAUCAUGAUGCAGCCUCGUGGACACCAGUUUCCAACUGACAUCUGAAGUCGUCGACAUUUUGAUUCUGCGGGACCAUAGGUAAGAAAUCACCAAGUGAAUCAUCCCGAAUAUUCCUGUUUGUCUUCUUGUUUUAAUUCCCAUAACUAAAACACUAAAAACGCUAAUGUAGAAGUAGAAGAGGUGUGACAUUUUGUAAUUUAGUUUAGCUAACUUACUAUACCAAUGGUAGCUAAAGUAAUGGUGAAUGUUAAAUCUGGUAAAACUGCAGAUAUUUUUUUUUAUUGGUGAUGUUAACGUUGAUCGUUGACCAUUAAAUGAAAUUUCAAAAUGAAAAUGCAGCAAUCAUUUGUUAACGUUAGCUGCCGCUCCCAAUUUCGCGCCUUGUGCAGGCUAAAUUGACUAGCUAUCCUUGAAAGCUAACGUUACAGAUUCCCGUCUGAAAUGAUUGAGUCUGACUUUAUUUGCACUACAUUUGGUAUUGUGCGUGUUCAAUAAACCAAUUGUAUUUUUAUGUUUUAGUAAUAUGUGAGGAAAACUACAGCAAUGCUUUUCAAAGUGCAGUACCAAGGAAAGAAGAAGUACAUCAAACUCAAUGGAGUAUCAUAUCCAGCAUUUCUCAGGGAGGCUAAAGAGAAGUUCAGCAUACCCCCUGAGACAAACAUGUAUGUGCUGGAUGACAGUGGAACAGAGGUUGAUGAAGAGGUCUUCAGCGACAUCUUGGAGGAAAAAGCAGACAUCCUGUGGACCAUUGUUAAUGUUCUUUCAGUUUCUGACUCUCCCAUCCAGUCCUCGUGCACAAACACCUUGUCACUAUCAUCACCCUCAUCAGACAGUGAUGCUUCUCUGAUGUCCCCAAAAAGACAGCGCAUUGAUGACACCUUUGUGAUGUCCCCAAAAAGUCUACAUACUGAUGACAGUUCUUCACAAGCCAAAGAGCUUGUCAAAAGAAUUCUGGAACAAAAGCCUGGAGGUGAGAAAAUCCUUGCAAAAUAUGCAAUGACAGGAGAGAUGAAGGACAGAGCACGCCGUGAUCUCGUCAGCAUUGUUGUUGCUGAAAUGUUUGAAAAGUAUGGACGUGCUCCCCCUAUGGAUAAAAGAGCACAGUGUGCAUUGGGGAUAGUAACACUGUUCCCCUCUCUAAAAGAUCCCUACUCCAAAAAAGGCUAUGAACACUUUUUUGACAUAGACAGCAAUGAGGGCUACAUUGCCUGGAAGAUUAAAAACACACAGCGAGAACUCAGCAAUGGCGGUACCAAUGGGGGUAGGAGAAGGAGCUCUCACACUACAGGCAGCAGCGGACCAAACUUAGAGAGAGAAGUGACUAAAGUGCAGCAGUUGGAGGGAGACCAGUGUCGAGAGGCCAUAUCUCUACUGAAACACAGCACAGACAACGAACAGAUCUUCAUGAAAAUGAGAGAAACCUUCCAGCACAGGCAAAAGUUGAUCCAUGAUCCUGAGCAAUGCAGUACAGUGCUUACUGUGUUCCCAAGGUUUCUUGACACAAAAGGCCUGGUGGCGCAAGACUUUGACCUGUUGUUUGGAGCUGAGACUUCAUCAAAACUCCUUGAGAAAUGGGAUUUCCUGAAGGCCAAAGUAAUAGAGCAAGCCAAGGACAUCAGCAAGACACCCCUGCUUGACCAUCUCAUCCAGUCUGCAGAGGAGAACACUGAUGAGGAUGACGAGGUCCCAGGUUGGGAUAGUGACAUGGCCUCACUGCUACUGCUGGUCUACCUACUGCCACCACCUCCAAGUGGAAAGAAGGGACCUGUAAAGAUCAGUACCCGGGAAGCUGUGGACCAUGUAGUCAAAUUUCAUAAGUUGUCUGUUUGUCUUGCCAACGUAUUGGAGUUUGCAGGGACAUGUGCUAAGUCAUGUCGCAGCCUUCAGGAGCACUCUGGUCCAAACCAGCGGAGGCAGCCCUACAUCCUGGCAGUUGGGACGACAAGAAAGCACAUCCACGAGUUCUACAUUGCAUUGGAUGGUGAUCUCCUUCCCUGCAAGGGCAAGUCUUCCCUGUCAGCCUUUGAUGAACUUUUCAAAGCACAUUAUGUUUUCGGCAUCUCCUAUGACCAGGCCUUAAAUGGCAUGUACACAUUUGUGCAGACCACCAUCUACAACAUUGAUGUAGGUCAUUCUCACGAAACUCCCAGAGUCAAGGACCUAAGAGCUAAGCUCCUCAACUAAAGAGUUAUGAUGUUCAGAUGCUUUGUUUGCAAGUCUAGUUUUGUUACCGUUCAAAUGUUGAUCCGUCAUCUCAAAGUUUUCCAUGCCUUUUAUCCUGGUAAGAAGUUUCAGUUGAUGUGUGACCAGACUGGAUGCCACCAGCGAUUUUGGACUUUUUCAGGGUUUAGAAAACAUCUCCAUAACAAACAUAGCGCUAAAAGUCUAGAUCAAUUUGAGAACGAACCCGUCAUAGUUGAGAACGAACCCGUCAUAGUUGACGUAUCUGAUGAACCCGUAGUUAAUUUAAUUCCAGAGCAACCAGAGAAUUCUCAAAGCUGUAAUGAGACCAGGCGACAUACCCAAGAAAUGUGUGCAUCCCUUAUUGCAAAUCUCCAAGGCUGUGGUGUGGCUACUAAUGUCAUAACGACUGUUGUUGAAAAUAUGGAGGAACUUGUAGAGGAAUUGCAUUCAAACGUUAAAGAUGAUGUUGUAAAAUUACUCUCUAACGAUGAGGAUAUCAGAACAAAGUUUGACGAUUAUUUUGACAACCUUGAAAAUCCAUUUAGCAAACUGAACACUGAGGCAAAAAGGAAAAAACAUUUCAGUGAGAAAUGGGGUAUUGUAGAACCUGUUGAGGUAGCCCUAGGAGUGAGGUAUGACACUAGAAGGAAUCGAACUACUGGCACAUAUGAUCAAGUUCCCAUAACAGACAAAUUUGUUUAUAUUCCUCUAUUGCAAACUUUGAAGUUCAUAUUCACCAACCAAGAGAUCUGUGAUCAUUUUGUGCAGCCUUGUGAGAAAACUGGGUUUUACAAAGACUUCUGUGAUGGUAACUAUUUUAGAGAUCACCCCCUCUUCUCUGAAAAACCAAACUCUCUCCAAAUACAGAUAUUCUACGAUGAUUUUGAAAUGGCAAAUCCUCUCGGAUCCAAGCAUGGUAUCCAUAAGGUUGGAAGUAUAUACUUUGUUUUACGAAACCUAUCUCCAAAGAUAAACUCCGCUCUUAUGAAUAUUCAUCUUUUAGCCCUUUUUCAUACUGAGGAUGUGAAGAAGUAUGGAUUUGAUUUAAUCUUACAGCCCCUCGUACGUGAUCUGAAAGUCCUUGAGUGUACAGGAAUUGAAGUUCCUUUCUCUGAUGAACCAGUUUACUGAACAAUUGCACAAGUAACUGGAGACAAUUUGGGAUUGCACACAUUACUCGGGUAUGUUGAAUCAUUCAGUGCAAACAAUUUUUGUCGUUUUUGUCUAGUAGACAAACAGACCUCACAAACGGUUUUCAGGGAUGAUGAUCCAAGAAUAACAUUGCGUAAUAAAGAACUGCAUGAUCAGCAUUGCAAUGACCUCAUGGUAGAUCCUACACUGCCAUCCACAUUUGGAGUUAAGCGACAAUGUUUAUUCAAUGAUCUACAGUACUUUCAUGUUUCUGAAAAUUAUGCUGUAGACAUUAUGCAUGACAUAUUGGAAGGAGUGGGGCAAUUUGAGCUGAAGUUGCUGUUUGCUUACCUCUCAGACAACAAAAUCAUAUCCAAGACAGAUGUUUGUAACCGAAUAUACUCAUACAAUUAUGGCUUUGUUGAACGAAAAAAUCGUCCAACCAGAAUAAACUUGGAACAGACUGGAAAUGGAAUUGGUCUCAAUGCCAUUCAAACUUUUUGCUUAAUCCGGAAUAUGCCCUUGAUCUUUGGAGAUGUUUUACGAGAAGGAAAUUCCCACUAUAGACUCUUGUUGCUUCUGUUGCAAAUUAUGAACAUUAUAUUUUCUCCAGUUGUUACUGAUGGAAUGACAGUAUGUCUUAAGCAUCUCAUUGUUGACCAUCACCAACUUUUUAAAGAGCUUUACCCACAUCGUAGAAUGAUCCCUAAACAUCACUUCAUGAUUCAUUACCCCAGAGUCAUUCGAAAAAUAGGUCCAAUUCUACAUGUUUGGUCAAUGAGAUUUGAAGCCAAACAUAGGUUUUUCAAGAACACAAUCAAAAAUUUCAAAAAUGUAACAAAGUCAUUGGCCCAAAAACAUCAGAUGGCUAUAGCAUACCAUUGGGAAUCAAUGCCAUUUAAAAGUAUUGACUGUGGGCCAGUAAAAACUGUUCAGCUCAUUGACUUGCCACAUGGUGAGAUGAUUGCAGAAGAACUGCAGGUUGACUUAGACUGUCAAGUUGAUCUGACUUCUUGGAUCACUUGUUUUGGAACUGAGUAUCGUCCAGGCCUUUUAGUUUGCACGGACAAAGAGGACGAUUUGCCUGUAUUUAGUCAGAUAAAAGACAUCAUUGCAUUUAAUCGAGAAUAUUUUCUUGUAACAGAGGACUUUCAGACAGUUUGUUUUGCAGAGCAUUUUCAUUCCUUUCAUGUGACACAGGGAAAUGAUCAGAAUGUUUCCAUGCUUAAAGUUGAUAAAUUGCACUUCUUUAAGCCGUUUGAUCUGCAAACUACUUAUGGUUUUGAUAGAGAUUAUCAAUAUGUGGUUCCUGUACAUGUGUUUGUAUAAGUUUGUGGUUUUUGAACAUCCAUGAACUGUUAAAUAAAACAGACAUAAAAAGCA